CCCCUCUUGUUAAUCCCUUCUUGCCCAGUGCCAUUAGUACAGUGUCAGUGCUUUUUUUUUAGCACUGAUCACUGUAUUGGUGUCACUGGGGAUGUCAGUAACACCAAGUCAGUUACCCCCCAGUGUCAGAAUGCCCGCUGCAGUUCCUCACUCUUGCUAUAAUUCGCUGAUUGUCACCAAUACUAGUAAAAAUUAAAAAAAAUGUUAAAUCCUAGUAUAUAUAUCUCCAUUUGUAAAAGCUAUAACUUUCACGUAAACCAACUAAUUUACACGCAUUGGGAUUUUU